UCUGCAACUUUUUUUCAUUGCUUCUACGUGCUAAAAAAUGGAGACUCUCAAAGCUUUUCCACUCUCUUUUGAUUCUGUUCGCAAGAGUGGAGAUUAUCACCCUAGUGUUUGGGGAGAUUACUUCCUUUCUUAUAAUCCUAUUUCAGCCAAUGAAUUGGCGUCGCUAAAACCAAGGAUGGAUGAGCUCAAAGUUGAGAUAACUCAAAUGUUCAACAACACAAAAGGCUCUCUACAAAUGAUGGAGUUGAUUGAUGCAAUCCAACGUCUUGGAAUUGGGUAUCACUUUGAAAAGGAAAUAAAUGAGGCAUUAUGUCAUUUGUUCAAUACUGCUUAUGAUGAGAAUGAUUUAUAUACAGUUGCUCUCCGUUUUAGAUUGUUAAGACAGCAAAGAUAUCACAUUUCUUCAGAUGUCUUUAGUAAGUUUCUGGAUGAGAAGGGAGACUUUAAGGAUUGCUUUAGCUCUGAUGCUAAGGCUUUGUUGAGCUUAUAUGAUGCUGCACAUCUUGGAAUGGCAACAGAAGAGAUACUUGACAAAGCUAUUAAUUUUUCUAAGACUCAUCUCAUAUCAAUGAAAAGUCAGUUGGAGCCACAUUUUUCUUUAAUGGUAUCAAGUUCAUUAGAAAUACCACUUUUCAAAAGAACAGAUAGGAUUAAGACUAGAAACUACUUGUCAAUUUAUGAGCAAGAUACAAAAUUCAAUGAAGCUCUUUUGGAAUUUGGAAAAUUUGAUUUCAUCUGUUUGCAAGCAAUGCAUCAAGAGGAGGCACGCAAAUUAUCAAUGUGGUGGAAAAACCUAGGUUUGUCAAAGAGGCUGCCAUUCUCCCGGGAUCGAUUAGUGGAAUGCUACUUUUGGGUGCUUUCAGUGUAUUUUGAGCCAUAUUAUUCACGUGCCAGAAUAAUAAUGACAAAGUGCAUAACACAAAUGUCAUUUCUUGAUGAUAUAUAUGAUGUUUAUGGAACGGUGGAGGAGCUUCAUUUGCUCACUGAUGCAAUAGAAGGAUGGGAUAUUAAACUUAUAGACAAAUUACCAGAAUAUAUGCAACAUAGCUUUCGUUCCUUAUUUGAAACUUUCAAAGAAAUAGAAAUUGAGUUAGCCCCCGAGCAAAGUUCAUUCCGCGUGCAAUAUCUUAUAUAUGAGUUGAAGAAAGUAUCAAAAGCAUAUCUUCAAGAAGCAAUAUGGGCAAAUAAGUGCUAUGUGCCUAAGCUUGAGGAACAUUUUGGUGCCUCACUUCUUACGGCUGGUUACUCAUUUCUCACAUGUGCCUCUUAUAUGGGCAUGAAGGAGGCUAUUUCUAAAGAGGUGUUUGAUUGGGUUAUUAGCCUACCCGAGAUCGUCAUGUCGUCCUGUGUAAUUGGAAGGCUAAUGAAUGACAUUGUCUCUUUUGAGCAUGAACGAAAGAGAACUCAUGUUGCUUCAGCUGUUCAAAGUUAUGCCAUGGAACAUGGAUGCUCUGAAGAAGAAGCAUGCAACAAGCUAACGGAGAUGUCAAAUAAUGCUUGGAAAAGCAUCAAUAAAGAAUUUGUUGAGCUGAGCAACUUGCCAUUGUCGUUGGUUUGGCCUAUCGUUAAUCUUGCCCGAUUUAAUGAGUUUAUUUACCUUGGAAAUGACCGAUAUACAAAUUCAUCAGAUCACAAUAUGAAACAGAGCAUAAAUGCAGUGCUAGUUGAACCUAUUCAAAUGGAGAAGGUGAAAGAUUAAGCUGCUAUUUCUAAAUCUAUAUAGCCUUUGGGUAACAAAUAUCUAUGUGCUUCUAUGGAAGCUGCUAAUAAAUAUGUGUAAUAAAUAAAUUAGCUUUCUACUACUAAAUGAUUGUAAUUGAUAUGAAAGCUUAUUUGACUGUGAGAUCAAAGUUAUCCACAACUCUUAUGUUCAUGUUUCAAUGCAUAAUAAUAGUUUGAGGCUUUCUUUCCA